UUGUAGGACACCCAAGCCUCUUCCACUCACAACCCUCUCUUUCUUUUUUUGUGGUGAAUGUUACUUUUCCAAUGGCUGGGAAAUACAACGUGUUUUUCGUUCUUUGGUUCGUCGUGGCCAGUUUUGCAAGCGAACGUCCUCCGAGGCCAAAUUCCAUUGGUUUAAUGCAACAACCCUUCAACGAAGCACCAGCUCCAACUGCUGGACCUCCGGUGCCUGGAACAACGGAAGAACCAGAUCCUACUGCUGGACCUCCGGUGCCUGGAACAACGGGAGCACCAGAUCCAACUGCUGGACCUCCACUGCCUGGAACAACGGGAGCACCAGGUUCAGGUGGACCAUUCACAUCGUCAUCGCCUUCUUCAACAACAGCACCAGAUCCUUGUCACAUCAACCCAUGCGGCCGGGGGAGCACCUGUGCAGCCCGUGCCGAUCAGACCUUUGUAUGCUUGUGCUUGCUGGGUGAUAACUACAAUUAUAUCAGCAAGACUUGUGAGAAUGCCAAAGCUUUCCUUGGAGAACUUUCCCUGCCGGAUUUAACCUACAAGCCAGAAAUGCAAAACAUGGAAUCACGAGAAUUUAAAGAUGCUGCGCUAACAAUUGCUACUCAGCUGUCUGAUGCUUUCCCUGAAGAUGGUUUCUCUAAUGCUACAGUGCUCUCACUCAAGGAAAUUGUACAGAGAAGAGUUGGGUCAGAGUCAAAGCCCGGGGUCACAGCAUCAAUAGAGAUCAACUUUAACACGAAUUCUAAGAUCACAACAAAUGAUGUUGUGGAUAGGAUUGAAAAGGCUGAUGGCCUACUGGGAACUGCAACUUACCAAGCGGAAGAUCUGUGCAAGGGGCAACCCUGUGAUGAUGAGACUACCACUUGCGAUUCGGAAAAUGGAUCUUUUAACUGUAGCUGUCGGGAAUACUACGUCAAUAUGGACUACAGCAGCAGAAUAUGCGUCGCUUGUCCCACUGGGGAGAAAACAGUGGAUUCCAUGCAUUGUGUCAAGUGUGAGUUUGGUUAUUCUGGUUUCAACUGCUUGGAAUCCUGGAAGCUAAAACUGGUUAUCGUUGGCUCCGUGCUCGGGGGACUGCUGCUCAUUACACUCAUCCUUCUGCCCAUACUGCAACUGAGGAGAUCCCCAAAGAAGAGCAACAAGAAGAACGAAUAUGUAGACAUCGGGAAACCUUAUGUCAGUCACCCUCCUGCCAAGUCACCGCUGGCUAACGGUAACGGCAGCUUCAUUAACAGCCAGACACCCGCAUUUCAGGGGUCGGGCUUUGAAGGGGCUGGGAUGCCCAGAAUCCCUCGAGCAACAGCUAAAAGCAGCUGGGACAGCAGGACCAACCUGGAGAUGAUUCCCAGCAACAGCCGGCAAAACCUGGUCCCUGUGGACAGAAACUCGCGCCUCUACGACUCGGCCGAUGACGUGAGCUCAUACACUGGACCCCAGAGCAACUACUAUGCACCAGCACGACCACGGAGCAACCCAUACGCCCAGAAUCGACCUCAGAACAACCCGUAUGCUCAGAACCAGGGCCAGACCAAUCCUUACACGCAAAACGAUGGAAAAUGGUAGAACUGAUGACGAAUCCAAAAGGUUUACGAUAGAAACCUUCUUCUGACCAAUUAUAAGCUGUCAUGAAUCAUUCCUGUCUUUCCUCGACUAAUCUUUGAGAAGAGUUAGGGUGAGGAGAAAAGCUAUCCAACUUUUCAAAGUUUUCUCACUAUUUUUUCUAUGAAUCUUAUUUAACAAUAUCUAACUGAAAUGGCUUUGAACCAGAAAUGGAUUCUUUUAAAUUAGGAGCUGUUUAAUAUCAGCUAAUAUCUCUCUUGUCAAUGGGUUUACAAAUAAUUGUUAUGUUAUUUUUGCGGGUUUGUGAUGAGUCUGGUUUAUGUGCAAAACUAAACUGUUUUUGUGAAUGAGACAAGUAUUCUUUUGUUUGAAUUAAUUAAUUAAUUUAAUUAAUUAAAUCAGGGCCUGUUAGACACCUGGACAUACUUCAACAUAAUUUGUGUAAAAUGUUUACGACAUUGAAAUUGUUUUAUGUUCUAUUGUAUAUCGCUGUGAGCAUAUUUUGUUUAUGUUUAACAUAUAUUCAU